UUUCAGAUGCUCCCACAGCUGCUCCUGUUCACAAUACUCCCAAUUUCGACGCUCGGUCUGGAAUGCUUCACGUGUGGAGUUUUCCUGUCGGCUCCGGAGCCAAUGUGUCGCGGUGAAAUCCGAAAUAACUCGUGUGCUCCCGAAAAUCUUGGAUGCUUAUCGAUUAUUGGCCAUAAAGCAGACGGAACCUAUUAUGUAGAAAAACGAUGCGCUGAGAAAACCGAUGAUUUAACGGAUGGAUGCAUUAAUAUCGGAAUCAGAGGCAUCGCCGCCAAGCAAUGUUUGUGCAAAACGGAUCUCUGUAAUUCGAGCCCCGGCCAGCCGUUCCGCACCUGCCUCGGAUUAGGACUGCUUGGCUUCCUCUACGCGUUUUGGAGAAUUGUUUGAAUUUAUUUUUGAAGCCCUCCAUGGAGCUCCAAAUAAUAAUUUUUUGGUGUAUAGGAAAUUUUCACGGUUGACCUCAUAUUUCGACUCGUUUUGAGCAUAGUUUUGUACAAUAAACAUUUGAAUUUCUAGAAAU